AAAAGUUGGAAUCAUAUGAGAGAUUAGCCUAAAAUGUGAUAAAAGUUCGUGAAAAGUUAUGAUUGUGAAACUGAUUUUCAAGGGGUUGUUUUGAAAUCUCUCUCUUAGACAGACACACACAUACCCCACAAAGCUGAUUGAUUGUUCUUUUCACUCAAGGGUUUCUCUCUCUUCUCUCUCUCUCUGAAAAGCUUUUGAACAAAACAAGAGAGAAGAAGAGGGGAAAAAGAUCACACAAUUUUAUGUUUUGGGUUUUCAUUACUCUGUUUUUCUUUUCCCUUUUACAAAGUUCAAUCUAUCCUCUCUUUUCGGACCCAUUUUGGCUUGUUUCUGUGACUCUGCUGGCUUGACGUGAAAGAAGAAGGAGACCCAUCAAAGGGAAGAGGGUGAAAAAGCAAGCCCUCGCUAAGAUUUGGAUAACAACUUGUUUCUGGGUUUUGUUUUUUAACUGUUGUGAGCAGCUUUUUUGCUCUGUUUUGAUUGAAGAUUUGGUGGAUUUGGGCGCUGAGUUCUGUGUGAAGGGAUUAACAAGAGCUAGCUGGCUUCUGUCGUGUCACUGCCUUUGUUCCUGUUUUGGUUGGACAUUAGAAAUGAAACAUAUUGUUGUCUGAAGUAUCUUUGUUUUACUGAAUUCCCUCAAAUCCAUGUUGAAUGACACCCAUUUUUGGUGAUUUGAAAGCUCAGUGGAGGUUCUUAGUUCAAAAUGAAUUGAGAAAUCAUCUCUGCAUGUGGGUUUGCUUUCCUUUUUGUGAAUUUUGUAUACUGAUUAAGAUGAAAUGAAAAGGGUCUUGUUAUUGUAACUUGAAUCCAACAUUGUGGGAUGACAGUUCGAUAAUGCACAUGUUUUUCUGGGUUUGGUCCUCAUUCAUGUCUUUGAGCAGCAGUGGCAAUAUCUGCUUCUAGGAGUGUGAGAAUUGACUUUGUAAGAGUGAAAAUUUUCGACGAAACGACGCGGUAAUGAGUCGAGAAUCGAAGCGGGGAAAGCAGGACAAAGGUUCUGAUGAUGCUCAGAAAGUGAUUGUUGCAGUGAAGGCUUCCAAAGAAAUUCCUAAAACUGCACUUGUUUGGGCGUUGACUCAUGUUGUUCAAAUUGGUGAUUGCAUAACUUUGCUGGUUGUUGUUCCUUCUCAAAGCUCUGGUAGAAAAUUCUGGGGUUUUCCGAGAUUCGCUGGGGAUUGUGCGAGUGGUCACAAGAAAGCUCACUCUGGAACGAGCUCGGAGCUGAAAUGUGAUAUCACUGAUUCAUGUUCACAGAUGAUCCUUCAGCUUCAUGAUGUUUAUGAUCCAAAUAAGAUCAAUGUGAAAAUUAAGAUUGUUUCGGCGUCGCCUACCGGGGCCGUGGCCGCUGAGGCCAAGAGAGCUCAAGCUAGCUGGGUUGUAUUAGACAAACAUCUCAAACAUGAGGAGAAAUGUUGCAUGGAAGAGUUACAAUGCAACAUUGUCGUAAUGAAGCGAUCGCAGCCGAAAGUUCUUCGUUUGAACUUGGUUGGUUCUCCAAAGAAGGAACCAGACAUGCCUUCUCCAUUACCUUAUUAUAUAGACGACGGGUCCGAAAGCAAUCGAAAAGAAAACGAUCCUCUCGAUUUCAUUCGAGGACCAGUUGUGACUCCCAAUAGCAGUCCAGAGUUAGACACGCCUUUUACUGCUACCGAAGCUGGAACAUCAUCAGUGUCGAGCUCAGAUCCUGGAACUUCUCCAUUUUUCGUCUCGGAAAUGAACGGAGACACGAAGAAAGAGGAGUUGUUUGUUAUCAAGGAAAAUAAAGAACUUGAUGCUGCUAGUUCAGACUCAGAUAUUGAGAAUUUAUCUGUUUCUUCGAGGAGUUUAAGGUUCCAACCAUGGAUGUCAGAACUUCUAAGUUCUCAUCUUCAAUCCUCUCAACACAUUGGAAGGCCACAAAGAUGUGAUGAUAGGAAUCAAAUGUCGACAAGAAAAUCUUCAAAACUCGACAGAGAAUCUAGCAUUGGAAUGUCGAGCCAUAUAAGCGACAAUGAUUUCCAUGGCGAUGUACGAGAUGCAGUGUCAUUAUCCAGGAACACGCCGCCCGGCCCUCCUCCCUUAUGCUCAAUAUGCCAACACAAGGCACCAGUUUUCGGAAAGCCUCCGAGGUGGUUCAGCUAUGCCGAGCUCGAGCUCGCUACAGGUGGAUUUUCACAAGCCAACUUUUUGGCAGAAGGAGGAUAUGGAUCUGUUCACCGAGGUGUCCUCCCGGACGGACAGGUGGUUGCUGUCAAGCAGCACAAACUGGCUAGUUCUCAAGGAGACCAUGAAUUUUGUUCCGAAGUCGAAGUUCUUAGCUGUGCACAGCAUCGAAACGUCGUUUUGUUGAUCGGAUUUUGUAUAGAGGAGAAAAGAAGGUUGUUGGUUUAUGAAUACAUCUGCAAUGGCUCAUUGGAUUCUCAUUUAUAUGGACGACAGCAAGAGCCGUUAGAAUGGUCUGCUCGACAAAAAGUUGCCGUGGGAGCUGCAAGGGGGCUACGAUAUCUCCAUGAAGAAUGUCGAGUCGGUUGCAUUGUUCAUCGGGAUAUGCGGCCGAACAACAUUCUUAUCACCCAUGAUUUCGAACCAUUAGUUGGAGAUUUUGGUCUUGCAAGAUGGCAGCCCGACGGUGAUACCGGUGUCGAGACGAGAGUUAUUGGAACGUUUGGGUAUUUGGCUCCAGAGUACGCUCAAAGCGGUCAAAUCACCGAAAAAGCUGAUGUUUAUUCCUUCGGCGUGGUACUGGUGGAGCUAAUUACCGGAAGAAAAGCGGUUGACCUUAACCGACCAAAAGGUCAACAGUGUCUCACUGAAUGGGCACGCCCCCUGUUGGAUGAGUUCCUCAUUGAUGAACUGAUUGAUCCAAGGUUGGGAAAUAGCUUUGCCGAAAACGAAGUGUACUGUAUGCUGCACGCUGCAUCGUUAUGCAUCCGAAGAGAUCCGAACGCGAGGCCUCGUAUGUCACAGGUUUUACGGAUUCUAGAGGGCGAUCUCAUCAUGGAUGCUAAUUACUUGUCGACACCCGGUUACGACGUGGGUAAUCGUAGCGGUCGGAUGUGGACUGAGCAGCAGCAGCAAAACUACAGUGGCUCGUUAUCGGACGAGACGCUCGAGAGGUUCAAUGAAAAGGUGUGUCUUGAGAGCUUAAGAUCAGGUGGUUACUGGGAGAGGGACAAGACAAGGAGGAGUUCAAGUGGCAGUAAUUUGUAAAGUGGCUCAGCAUAUUCUUAGAACACACUACAAUACACCCUUUUGUCUGAAUUUUUUUGGGUAAUUCUUUUUGCUCAUUGAAAGCUUUUGUUUGUGUAUAGUAGUAGUUGUAGUAGUAAGUUUUGUAGGAAAAUAGUGUAGCAGCUAAGCCUGUAAAUCAAGGAAGCUGUUCUUUGGACAUAGAACUCUCCCAUUUCGCUCGAUCUCGACUGACAACUCCUAGCGAUAAAAACUUUGAAUCAAUUAGAUUGCAUUCUCGUGCUUGUUCGGUUGUGGUCGAUUUUGUACUGAAUGUACGCUUUCAAACUUGAGAUGGGUUUUUACUUGGUAA